AUGGCUAGAAUAUGUUUGAACGUGCUCGUCGGCAUCCCGGGGUCAGGGAAAAGCACCUACUGUCAGCAGCUCGUUGCGUUACCGGGCCGAAGGUUUGAAGUUGUUCACGUAUGUUAUGAUUCGUACAUCAAGAUAGAUCGUCAUUAUGAUACGUUUCGGGAUGUGGCCGGUUUGUACAAAGCGAGCCGUCAGAAGCUAUCAACUUACAUUGAAAUGAUCAUACAUGCCCUGAAGGAGAACGAUCAGUCUCGACUAGAUGAAGCGUUGUUUCGUUGGCGUCAAGAAUUUAAACAUGAAUUGUGCAUUUCUUCAAGCCUAAUGCACUCUGACGUUGUGUUUCUAAUCGAUGAUAAUAACUACUACAGAAGUAUGCGCGUAGAAUGGCAAAAAAUUGCUCGGAAACUUUCCAUCGGUUAUUUCGAAUCCUAUUUCGACACGUCUCUUUCGCUUGCUCUGGAACGAAAUCGGGAAAGAGCCCAUCCAAUCGGUGAAGAUGUUAUCAAUCGUAUGUGGGCGCGUUUGGAAAAACCAUGCGACAAGCUUUACCACCAAGAGCAUGAUUUCAUAACAAUUAACGGCAACAGUAUCGAUUACGAACUCAUUGUGACAAAGAUACAAUAUUGCUUUGAACAUCCUCAGGAAAGCCCAGCAGUACAGAUGGUAGCAGAACCGAUGGAACAGUCGAACGUCCACAAGGUAGACAUUAUUUUGAGAAAAUUGGUAUCGAAAAAGAUCUCCGAGGCGAAAGAUUCGAUGGCGGCAACGAAGCAAAACUUGCAGUCGUACGCCAAAGUGCUGCAAGAAAGGAAAAAGUACGUACUGGAGCAGAUUCGAACGCGAGAGCUUGAUGUAGCGGAGGAAAUGAUGAAUAACAUUGUAGAGGACUUAUUCUAAUUCAUUUUUUUUUCGUAAAUUUAAGAAUGUUCAAUAAAGCAUAAUAAUGAAAAUCA